CUCUCUGAAGUCACAAUCUUUAUUCCAAAAUCUUGAAAUUCCCAUCACUCUUUCAAGAAACCUCAUUUUCCAAUCCAAUCUUCUUGCUCUCAUCUCCAAAUUCUCAAAACCCCAGCUCCAACCCUUCCCAUACCCUUUGCAGGUCUGCAGGGCCGAUCACGGAUCUCAAAUCGAUCAUGGCCGCUCACUCUCUCCCUCCAUCCGUGGAGGCUAUGCUACACAGAAUCUGCCAAGAACACUCACUGCCUCUGCCCGAACCCAUGGCUCUGGAAAAGCUCUAUUUGCUCGGAGAAGGGCCGUCUUUGGAUAUUCUACAGGAGAUCUUGAAGUCUCCGGAUAUUAAUAAUCUGACUGCGUUAAUCAUCCACAUGGUGGAAAAGGAGUUUCAGACAGAAACCGCUAAAGAGAGUGUUUCCUCUCCAGGCCUGCAGAAUUCGUGUUCCGGAUCUCAGCAAUGUAACAAUGAAGCUAUAUCGUCUCCAGUGAGUGGUAAAAUGGCCAAUGCAGAUGAAGCUAGCUUGUCUCCAGUGGGUCUGAAAAAGUCCCAGAGACAGACGAGUCCCCAUCUACAGGCAUUGGGAGAACUUGAAUUCAGGAAGGCAUUUUUGAUAUUAAGCUAUAUUGGGAAGAAUGAGUUAGAAGAUUUGUUGUCUAUAGAUGAUCUUGAAAGCCUAAAAAACUUGCCAAUGGCCAGUUUUGAGUUAGAACUUUGGGAAGUAGUUGGCCAGAAUUGUUUGCCUGAAACAGACAGAAGAAAGAAUCUUGAUUGGGAUUCUAAAAAGACACGUGUGUACCAAUGUCAUGUGGAUCAAGAUGGAAAGUUUACCUUCAAGGGCCCAUACCUGGAAAAUACAAUAACUCACCUACAAAGGGUGUUGGGAGAUGACAAUGUUCUAGAUGUCAGGUUUGAGAAGUGGGAUAAAAGCAGAUGCGCUGAUCGUGAUGAUUUGUAUCAUCGUAUUGCAAAAGAAGGUAUUCCUGUGGGUUUGCGCCGUUAUCAUUUUUUUGUUUUCAAAGAUGGAGGCAAGGAGAAGAAGAAAAAUCCAACUUCUUCACCUGUGAAGUGUUAUUUUGUUUGCACAGAGUCCAAUGCUACUUUGGAUGAGAGAAGGCAUAAUAUUUUGUUUGGUAAAUUUAUUCACGAAGCACGGUGUUUGUUUAUGCAUAUAAUUACAGUUCCUGACAUGGCUAAAUAUAUGAAAAGGUUUCAUCUGAUUUUGUCCAAGACUACCAAGGUAGAAAUAGAUUUUGGGUCUGUGGAUAUUAAACGUAUUGACGAUAUACCUUGCUUGGAUGAGGAAGGGAAGCCUGUGUAUAAAGGUGGUGAACUUUCCAUACAUACGGAUGGAACUGGUUUUAUAUCUGAAGACUUAGCUAUGAAAUGUCCGAGGAAUGUACAUAAAGGAGAAUAUUUUAUUCGCGGAGAUGUUGAGAGAAUGCUGGAUCAGGCUGAAGUUGUGGAGAAAUCUUCAACAUUAACACAACACAAAUCUGUCACUGGGGAUCCACCUUUACUUAUCCAGGUUAGGUUGUUCUACAAUGGUUGUGCUGUAAAGGGUACCUUGCUUGUCAAUAAAAAGCUUCCUCGGAACACGAUUCAGAUACGACCUUCAAUGAUAAAAGUAGAGACAGAUCCAAACCUUUCAAAUAUCCAAUCUUUCAACUCUCUGGAGAUUGUCUCUACAAGCAACCAGCCAAGGAAAACGUACCUGAAUAAGAAUUUAAUUCCACUACUCAACUAUGGAGGUGUCCCAAAAGAAUACUUUAUGAAUCUUUUGAGUAAUGCUUUGAAUGAUGCUCAAAAUGUUCAUUCCAAUAAGCGUCUUGCAUUGAGAGCUGCAUUGAAUUACGGAAACAUGGAUGAUUUUCUUGCAUUGAGAAUGAUUCUCUGUGGAAUUCCUCUUGAUGAACCGUAUUUGAAAGAUCGCUUGUCAGUGCUAAUGAGAGAAGAAUUGAAAAGUCUCAAGGGAGGAAGGCUUCAUGCCAGUGAGUGCUACUAUUUGAUGGGAACUGUAGAUCCGACUGGAAUGCUAAAAGCUAAUGAAGUUUGUGUUAUUCUAGACAAUGGGCAAAUCUCGGGAAAUAUAUUAGUAUACAGGAAUCCUGGACUACACUUUGGAGAUAUCCAUGUUGUCACUACGACUUACAUCAGGGAAUUGGAGAAUGUUGUUGGAAAUUCUAAAUAUGCUAUUUUCUUUCCGACCAAAGGGCCGCGAUCAUUGGCAGAUGAGAUAGCAAACGGUGAUUUUGAUGGGGACAUGUACUGGGUGUCAAGAAAUCCAGAGCUGUUGGGUCAUUUCAAAGCAAGCAAAACAUGGGAACCAGUUUCUUCCAAGAGUAAAGUGCAGCAGCGCAAGCCAUCAGAAUUUUCUGCUGAGGAAUUGGAACAUGAGCUUUUUCAACAAUUCUUGGUGAAGAGGUUUGAGCCAAGUUAUGCUAUGGCCACAGCUGCAGAUAGCUGGCAGUCUUUUAUGGAUCGACUGUUGACGUUAGGAGACGAAUGUGCUCAGGAAAAGGAUUGCUUGAAAGAAAAGAUGAUUAAGCUUAUCAGUAUAUAUUAUGAUGCAUUAGACGCUUCGAAAACUGGAUUGAAGGUAGAAGUUCCCGAGGAAUUGAAGGCUGAAAAGUUCCCACAUUACAUGGAAAAGCAUAAUUCAUACCAUUCAAAUUCCAUCUUGGGGAUGAUUUAUGAUAAGGUGGAUUCAUUUAAAGAAGAAUGUCAGCCUUCGGAAGAAGUAUGGGAACUUCCUUGCUUCAGUGGAGAAAUUCCCAAUUCUUGCUUGAUGGAAUGGAAGGAACGUUACAGAGAGUACCGAACUGAGAUGACCUGUGCCAUGUCUAUGGUUGGUGAAUCAAAAGACUCUGCCGCAAACGAAAUUAUACAGAAAUAUAAGCGGAUAUUAUAUAGAGCUGCAGAGUUCGAAGAGAGCAGGAGGAACAGAAGAGAGAUCUUUAGUGAGGCUCUUGCUAUCUAUCGACUCAGUUACGAUUAUGCGAAGAAAACCUCAAAGGUUAGAAGAUGCAGAUUUGCAUGGAACGUUGCAGGCCAUGCUCUCUGUCAUCUGCACGCCACAAAACAGAAUGAAAGUUCGAUUCUCUGUCUUCCGUCUGUACUGCGUGAGGUCUUGGGCUAACCAAACACUAAUUGUUUGUCAACCGGUAAAAAGGUGAGAUUAGUAGAUGGAGAUUAUGUAAAUAGGUCGAUAUAAGGUCGUGUUUUUAUUAUUGUACCUUGAAUAAUAUGUAGAAGCAUUACUUUGUAGCUGCCCCAAUUUGCGAAUGAGAUGUAAAAAGGCCUGACAUGAAAUGGUCUCAGUUGAGAAUU